AAUGGAGGUGAAUGGUUCCUAACUUCCCUUCACCCACAUUUCCCUCAAUCCAAACGAGCCCUAAAAUUCCUCUCUUGAUUAAAAAGAUCAAAAAUUUCCUCAAAAUUUCCCAUUUAUUUUCCUUGAUUUGAUCAUUCGAAGCAAUAAUGGAGAUGCCCCAAAGCGAUUUUGAUCGCCUCAUCUUCUUUGAGGCCGCUCGCAAGGCCGCCGAAGCCGCCUACGCCAAAAACCCUAUCGAUGCUGAUAAUCUUACACGAUGGGGAGGAGCGCUUCUGGAGCUGUCGCAAUUUCAGAAUGGGCCUGAUUCUGUAAAGAUGGUGACAGAAUCUGUUUCUAAGUUUGAGGAAGCCUUGGAAAUUAAUCCGAGGAAGCCAGAAACUCUGUGGUGCUUGGGCAAUGCCCACACUUCCCAUGCGUUCUAUGUGCCCGAUAACCAGGAGGCAAAGAUUUACUUUGCGAAGGCAACUCAAUGUUUUCAGCAAGCAGUUGAGGAGGAACCCGGAAAUGAGCUGUAUAUUAAGUCUUUGGAGAUGUCGUCGAAGGCACCUGAGCUUCAUUCAGAGCUUCAAAGACAAAUGGCUAGUCAACAGGCGGCUCCUUUGGGAGGACCAUCUGCUUCAAGUACUAAGGUUUCCAAGAAGAAAAAAGAUAGCGAUCUGAAAUAUGACGUACUUGGUUGGGUGAUUCUCGCCGUUGCAGUUGUAGCAUGGGUGGGGAUGGCCAAGUCUCAGGUUCCUCCCCCACCUCCCAGGUGAAACUUCAACUACAAAGCGAGAUGAAAGCCAGCUUCCUCUUUUGUUCCCUCAAGUGGUUUUACUUUCUUUAAAAUGAGAGUUGUGAUAAUUUGCGUAGAGUUAGGAGCAUAUAUUUUGGUGCAGCUAUCUUAUUUUGAUGAUUUAUAUUUUUGGGUUAUCUUUGUCCUAAAUGCUGGAUUGAAGGACAAUUUUACCUGAUUAUCUUCACAGAAUCACAUUUUUAGUACAUGAUCCAUGAGGGUGUAGUCAUGAGACGAGACAUGCAUUAUUCUGGGAGAUCAAGUAACAUAAAGGUGGUUUCUUCGAUGUUUCUAUGAAGUUGCGAUGGCUAGAGCUUUCAUAUUUAUUGCUUUCUUAAUAUAUGCAACAGUGUAAUCAUCCUCUGUGUGUAUCUAUCAUUGGCAGUAAUGGUUCGU